UUAGUUGAAUCCUCUUUCUCUUUUUUUGCUUCUAAAUUGUUGGAUAAGUUUUAUAUAUUUUGGGUUUUUCGCUAUUUAUUUGCGGAAUAUGGUCCUUAUUGAGUGAAUUUAUAGAAUUUUAUGGCAGAAAAUUGUUUAAAAUUAUGGAAUUUUCAAAGAGGCAUUGAGUUUUUGUUGUGUUUAUUUGGUGCAUAGGGUGCUUAUUUAUGGAAUUUGUUAAAUUUUACAAUAGAACAAAAAACUUGUUUUCUGAAUGAGUUCGAGCAUUUCUUCCUUGUUUCUUCCUGAUGUUAUUUUCAAAUUUUAAGUAAUGUUGCAGUGUUCACAUUUAUGUUUCAUUGUGAAGGUGAUUAUUUCCAGACAGCAUUGCAAUUGAAAGCUUGGCAUCAGUUCUUUCUAGUAAUGCAAAUUUCUGAAAAUUGGGACUUCUUCAUUUGGGAAUUUCUCAUAGACUACAAUAGAGUAUCAGACUUCCUUUCCUUGGUAUGAAUCACAGAACGACAAGACCCAUGUUAGAGCAUCUUCAGGUGCAGAAGCAAUUGAAUUGUGGCUCUAAUUUUCGAUAUUGUUUCAGUUGAAAUGGGUCUGCAUGAUCAAGGACAUGAGGUGCUUUAGUUGAUUUGAUAAUUUUGGUGCCCUUAUUGCUUUUCUUUGUUAUGGGCAUCUUUCUUAUGAGAUGAGAACAUUCUUUGAAUCAUUUCUUAUGUUAAGGGAUGGAAUGUCGACGGUAUUGCAAGGGUUGCAGAAUCGAGACGAAGAAACUGAUACUACUUAUUGGGGUCAUCACCACUAUUGGUGCAGUGCUUGAAUCCUUCGUAAUACCCUAUCCAGUUUCCAUUAUUCCUUUUAAUACUUUGAAUAGGCUUGAGGAUUCUUUGUCGCCUCAGGCAAGGUUUGAACAAUUCCCAUCUGUUUCAAUUGCUCCUGACAUAACUUCUGGGCCGACGUCAGACACAGUUCUCCCAAUUAAUUCUCUGAAUUCUUCUGAAUCUCUUGUAAUCGAGUUGGAAGAUUUACCCAAAGGGGGAGAUUCAGGGAUCUUAGGAUCACCAAACUCUCUGGAAUCACAGAUUCCAAAAACCCAAGUUCGAGAGAAGGUCAAUAGCUCAAGUAUAAGGUCAGGAGACUAUGCAAGAGGGAACGACUUCCCUAAGGUAGAAGAAUCAUGGAAAGGAGAGGCAACACAAAAUAGAGAUGUUGAAGAGAGGGUCGAUGGCCUAAGUGCAAAGUCAGAAGGCUUAUUAGAUGGGAAAGGGGAUGAUGAAGCGCUAGAACCAUCCGAUUCUUUAAAUGAAUUGGACCCAAAUAUUGAAAAGGUGGAUAAGCCAAUUAUCAAUAAUCCCCCAGAAAGGGAAGAUUCCGAGGAAUUGGAGUCAUUGGUUUCUCGCAAUAGAAUGAAAUCUAACCCUGGGACUAUAAAGGUGGUGGAGAGCCCAAAGAUAGUUACUGCACCAUCUCAAAUAGCUGCAGCUUCAAAUGGGUCUGCUUCAUCUCGUUCUAAGAGGCCACCACCAAUUUGGUCCUUGCCACCUGAGCAAGCCCUUGCUUAUGCCAAAAUAGAGAUCGAUAAUGCCCCGAUUGUGACGGAUGACCCAGAUCUCUACCCUCCAGUAUUUCGAAAUGUUUCAAGAUUCAAAAGGAGCUAUGAAUUGAUGGAAAGGAUACUUAAGGUUUACAUUUACCCGGAUGGACCAAGGCCCAUUUUCCAUAGACCUCCACUCAAAGGCAUUUAUGCUUCCGAAGGGUGGUUUAUGAAACUGAUGGAAGAAAGCAAGCAAUUUGUUGUGAGGGACCCUAACAAAGCACACCUAUUUUACUUACCCUACAGCUCGCGACAGCUUCAGCUCUCCUUGUAUGUGCCUGAUUCUCAUGACAUGAGGCCCCUGUCAUAUUUUUUGAGGGACUAUGUCAACAUGAUUGCAGCAAAAUAUCCUUUUUGGAAUCGAUCACAUGGCUCCGAUCACUUCCUUGUUGCUUGCCAUGACUGGGGACCAUACACCACAAAAGAGCACGAUGAACUUCGGCAAAACACUAUCAAAGCCCUAUGCAAUGCUGAUCUCUCAGAAGGGUUUUUUGUUCCAGGAAAAGAUGUCUCUCUCCCUGAAACAACAAUACGGACACCCAAGAGGCCUCUCAGACAAAUAGGGGGAAGACCUAUCUCUCAAAGACCAAUCCUUGCAUUUUUUGCAGGGUACAUGCAUGGUCGGGUUCGACCAAUUUUACUUAAAUAUUGGGGGGACAAAGAUGACGAUAUGAAGAUAUAUGGCCCACUCCCCAAUAAAAUUUCGACUAAAAUGACUUAUGUUCAGCACAUGAAAUCUAGCAAAUACUGCAUUUGUCCGAUGGGUUUUGAAGUCAAUAGCCCUCGAAUUGUUGAGUCCAUAUACUAUGAGUGUGUCCCCAUCAUAAUUGCGGACAAUUUUGUGCCACCUUUUGACGAUGUAUUGAACUGGAAAGCGUUUGCCGUCUUUGUUGCAGAGAAGGACAUACCCAACUUGAAAAAUAUCCUUUUGGCGAUCCCUUUGAGGCAAUACAUUUCCAUGCAAAACAAUGUGAAGAGGGUGCAGAGACAUUUUCUAUGGCAUAGCAAGCCAAUCAGAUUUGAUCUAUUUCACAUGAUUCUCCAUUCAAUAUGGUAUAAUAGAUUGAAUCAGAUAUCGUCAGGAUGAUUUCUUCUGUAAAUAAUCACGGGGAGGAAUUCUUUUAUGGGAAAUUGCUGAGAAUCAUUUCAAGGAUUCUCUAUUUUCCUUGAGGUGAGAGUAUGUAUUUGAGCAUCAUGUACAAAAUGAUGUGCUCAAAUAGGGCGGGAAUUUGUUGUAUUCAGGUAUUUGAGCAUCAUGUACAAAAUGAUGUGCUCAAAUAGGGCGGGAAUUUGUUGUAUUCAGGUAUGACUUUGGUGUAUAUGUAAUAUUUAUAAAAUUGUAAUUCAAUUGGUUUGUUUGUA